GGAAAGAAGAGAGAAGAGCGACAUGGCUUAAGGUUUAUAGCUAGAAGACAGGAAACGAGCAAACAGUUAACUCCGCAGAGGUUUCACUCCUCCUGCGGGCAUGGCGAUUGGAGAGCGUUAAAAAGCGCGUGCACUGGACCCAUGCUUUCAUAAUUUUGUUUCGAUGGCCACGACUGAACCAGGCCACCUCCUAACAUACGACUUUCGCCCUUUGAAUAUAGAUGAUACUACACACAUAAACGAAACAAAGCGAUCCCUAAAGAUCCUGCAAUGGAAUAUUGAACGUAAUUAUGAACCCGACGCAAUCAUUACGACAUUAAAGAAGCUUGAUGCCGAUGUCAUGGUACUUCAGGAGAUUGAUAUCGACUGCAGGCGUUCUCAAAGUCGCAAUCAUAUGCUUGAACUAUGUGAGGCACUAGGCGUUAAAGGUGGAUUCGUUUGUGAGUUCUUAGAACUCGAGAGUUCCAUACGGCGACCGCGUGACCAGGGAGGAGGUAUCCAUGGUAAUGCUAUCCUUUCAAAACAUGAAAUUAGUUUCAAUGUGAUUGAUCAUCGUUACCAUGGAUUCGACUGGGAUCAUCAUGGCAGCAAACUACGUGAACCUCGUAAAGGUCAGCGAUAUAGCUUAGCUGCCACGGUCCGUGCACCCGAUCUUCCACCCGUGCUGUGUUACUGUUUACAUUUAGAGGUGUUCACCGGCAUCAUCGACCGUGUAGCCAAUUUCUCUGAAAUCCUUCAAUACGCUUCACAACACACAGACGAAAUCCCCCAUCAAAUUAUUUGUGGCGAUUUAAAUACGAUGGCACACUCAAUCGCGCGGUUAUCACCUAAAUAUGCCACGGAUCGCUACAGAUACUUGAGUCUUGGCGAAACAGAAAGCAGCUGGUGGGACCGGCGCGUGUUUGCGUUUCAUGAACAAGAUGGUCCAGUCAACAGCAGACUGGCAACUGCAGGAUGGCUUUCGCGGGUUCCUUGGUUUUUCAUCCGUCAUUGGGCCUGGCUUUAUACUCAUGCGAGUGGAUUUAGUAUGGAUGUUCUAAAAAAGGCACGCAAUCCAGGAUUCUAUGAUCCCUGGCCAGUUAAUCAAGUGACGCUCGAGAAUCCGGAUUAUUUCGGCCUGUUCAAAGCAAAGCUCGAUUGGACUCUUGUUCGCUGUAUGCAAGUUCUACAUCGAUCACGCGGAAAUGAGGACUACAGUGCAAGCGAUCAUGCAUAUCUGUUGGUAGAAGUUGUUCCCGAUGAUGACGAGCAAGUCAAGCAGGAAUACAUUUUGUGGAAAGAGCGUCGAAAGCAAUGGAACGAAUCUGGUCUCCUAGAUGAAAAAGGUUGGAUGAUGACCAUUGUCGUAGCAAUAGCUAUUGCUGCUUAUUUUUGUAAUAACUAAUGUAGCACCUGGACCUUAUAUGAGCGCACACGAACUGCUGCUUAUGCUGUAAUAAGUACUCCAUAAUAUACAACGCUCAAAAGUACUGAUAAUGCAUAUACAGUAUAGCGUGAUAUAGCAAUCAAGAAAAAGUAUGUGCAUGAAUUAUUGCAUGCUAUGAAACAAAAUCGAAUAAAGGAUACGCAACGUGUGAAAUACGUACAUACACA